AUGGAACAAAACAAUGAACUGAUAAAUCAGAAACACCUGAAAAAUGAGAAUGACCAGAGGAAAGAGAAUGACCAGAGGAAGGAGAAUGACCAGAGGAAAGAGAAUGGCCAGAGGAAGGAGAAUGACCAGAGGAAGGAGAAUGACCAGAGGAAAGAGAAUGACCAGAGGAAGGAGAAUGACCAGAGGAAAGAGAAUGACCAGAGGAAGGAGAAUGGCCAGAGGAAGGAGAAUGACCAGAGGAAGGAGAAUGACCAGAGGAAGGAGAAUGACCAGAGGAAGGAGAAUGACCAGAGGAAGGAGAAUGACCAGAGGAAGGAGAAUGACCAGAGGAAGGAGAAUGGCCAGAGGAAGGAGAAUGACCAGAGGAAGGAGAAUGACCAGAGGAAAGAGAAUGGCCAGAGGAAGGAGAAUGGCCAGAGGAAGGAGAAUGGCCAGAGGAAAGAGAAUGACCAGAGGAAAGAGAAUGACCAGAGGAAGGAGAAUGACCAGAGGAAGGAGAAUGACCAGAGGAAGGAGAAUGACCAGAGGAAGGAGAAUGACCAGAGGAAGGAGAAUGACCAGAGGAAGGAUGACCAGAGGAAGGAGAAUGGCCAGGGGAAAGAGAAUGACCAGAGGAAGGAGAAUGACCAGGGGAAAGAGAAUGACCAGAGGAAAGAGAAUGACCUGAGGAAGGAGAAUGACCAGAGGAAGAAGGACCAGGGGAAAGAGAAGGACCAGAGGAAAGAGAAUGACCAGAGGAAAGAGAAUGACCAGGAGAAAGAGAAUGACCAGAGGAAGGAGAAUGAUCAGAGGAAGGAGAAUGACCAGGAGAAAGAGAAUGACCAGAGGAAGGAGAAUGACCAGAGGAAGGAGGAUGACCAGAGGAAGGAGGAUGACCAGAGGAAGGAGGAUGACCAGAGGAAGGAGAAUAACCAGAGGAAGGAUGACCAGAGGAAGGAGGAUGACCAGAGGAAGAAGAAUGACCAGAGGAAGGAAAAUGACCAGAGGAAGGAGAAUGACCAGGAGAAAGAGAAUGACCAGAGGAAAGAGAAUGACCAGAGGAAGGAGGAUGACCAGAGGAAGGAGAAUAACCAGAGGAAGGAUGACCAGAGGAAGGAGGAUGACCAGAGGAAGGAAAAUGACCAGAGGAAGGAGGAUGACCAGAGGAAGGAGGAUGACCAGAGGAAGAAGAAUGACCAGAGGAAGGAAAAUGACCAGAGGAAGGAGAAUGACCAGGAGAAAGAGAAUGACCAGAGGAAGGAGAAUGACCAGAGGAAAGAGAAUGACCAGAGGAAGGAGGAUGACCAGAGGAAGGAUGACCAGAGGAAGGAUGACCAGAGGAAGGAGGAUGACCAGAGGAAGAAGAAUGACCAGAGGAAGGAGAAUGGCCAGAGGAAAGAGAAUGACCAGAGGAAAGAGAAUGACCAGAGGAAAGAGAAUGACCAGAGGAAGGAGAAUAACCAGAGGAAAGAGAAUGACCAGAGGAAGGAGAAUGACCAGAGGAAGGAGAAUGACCAGAGGAAGGAGAAUGACCAGAGGAAGGAAAAUGACCAGAGGAAGGAGGAUGACCAGAGGAAGGAGGAUGACCAGAGGAAGAAGAAUGACCAGAGGAAGGAAAAUGACCAGAGGAAGGAGAAUGACCAGGAGAAAGAGAAUGACCAGAGGAAGGAGAAUGACCAGAGGAAAGAGAAUGACCAGAGGAAGGAGGAUGACCAGAGGAAGGAUGACCAGAGGAAGGAGGAUGACCAGAGGAAGAAGAAUGACCAGAGGAAGGAGAAUGGCCAGAGGAAAGAGAAUGACCAGAGGAAAGAGAAUGACCAGAGGAAAGAGAAUGACCAGAGGAAGGAGAAUGACCAGAGGAAAGAGAAUGACCAGAGGAAGGAGAAUGACCAGAGGAAGGAGAAUAACCAGAGGAAGGAGAAUGACCAGAGGAAGGAGAAUGACCAGAGGAAAGAGAAUAACCUGAGGAAGGAGAAUGACCAGAGGAAGGAGGAUGACCAGAGGAAGGAGAAUGACCAGAGGAAGGAGAAUAACCAGAGGAAGGAGAAUGACCAGAGGAAGGAGAAUGACCAGAGGAAGGAGAAUAACCAGAGGAAGGAGAAUGACCAGAGGAAGGAGAAUGACCAGAGGAAAGAGAAUAACCUGAGGAAGGAGAAUGACCAGAGGAAGGAGGAUGACCAGAGGAAGGAGAAUGACCAGAGGAAGGAGAAUAACCAGAGGAAGGAGAAUGACCAGAGGAAGGAGAAUGACCAGAGGAAGUAG